AGAGAGAGAGAGAAAGAGAAAGAGCGAGCGAGAGAGAGAGCUGCAUUGUGUGGAGCCUUGGGAAACGACCAGAAGCUCCUAUAGUCCCUCCGCUCAACACAGAGCAGCCACACAGAGACAGAGUCACAACCCUCCCUCACGCUUCUCUCUCUGGAUACCAUAGGAACCUGUCCUAUAGCUGAUUUUCCACUGGAUAAUACAGCCAACCGGAGCAGAGGAAAAGACUGGAUACUACAGCCAACCGGAGCAGAGGAAAAGACUGGAUACUACAGCCAACCGGAGCAGAGGAAAAUACAGGAUACUAGUUAAGAACUUUGUUCCUUUGAUUUGGAAUCCGGUGUGUUACAUGAAGCCCCUGAUGAUAAACUUGAUUAUAAAUGAAGUGCAUGGCAUCGCAGCCAACAACUACACAGCUUUUCUUGUCUGAAACCCCCGUGUGUGUGAGUGUGUGAUCAGAGAAGACGACGUGAAGGAGAAAGAUUCUUGAGGUUUUGGUCGGAGGUUGCAGAAGUACACGUCUUCUUUUGUAUACAAUACUGAGCCUCCUGGGGAGUGCACUCAUCAUCCGCCAGUUGAAGGGAGAGAGGAGAUUGUAUCGACCGCGAGAGAGAGAGAGAGAGAGAGAGAGAGAGAGAGAGAGAGAGAGAGACAGAGACAGAGACAGAGAGAGAGAGAGAGAGAGAACUGGCUGUAUGAUUGCGUUAAUAAGCGAGCUAGACAGAAUGUUGACUUAUUUCAAACCCCUCCCUUGCUCACUCGCUGCUCGCACUGUCUGUCGCAGACAGCUCGUUUAGUGACCUAUAACUCUUCUGACUGGAUAAAAGGACAUUUUUAGAUUACAACAGUGAGAAAAAGGUGGUCGGGUCCGUGACAAGAGACAGUGGGACGACGGAUUCCCAACACAACAGGGUUUUGUUUUUCUGGGUAGGCUAAGAUUAACAGUAUCGGACAAUUGGUGAUUCUUUAAAGCACCUCCUUUAGCCCACAAGGACCGGAGACAGCAAGAGAAAAGUACAACAGUUCAUCUCCGUGGACAGUAGGCAAACGGACAAUAAAGCCUUCUUGUUCUAAACGUCGUUUGCUGUUCUUCAGGACGUUACGGAGAUAAAAGCUUCCAACAGGAGUCUAGCAGCUUCUCCACGUGUUAUUAAGCCUCCGGACCAGCGCCCACUUUUCUGAUGGGCUAUUCUGAUGAGUCCUGCACACAGCAACAGUUCCUGUACUAACCGAUGUAAUAAGACAUUUUAAAUGGACUUUCAGAAGGUGAGGAACGUAAACAUUAUCCACGUUCAGCUAUCACCGAGCUGUGAUGCAGAAGUAAAGCACAUCCCAGAGUGAAAUAAUGAUGUGCUUUUUCUUUUUGUCAGGGAUCCUUGUAUUCCCUUGGUCUCUCAGUCACGUGAAAUGAACGUUUGUUGGGUUUCCCAAACUCAACCUGGGCAGGGACAGAGACUUUUACAGCUAUUGAACUAGUUAAACUGCCUUCCAUUUGCUAAUUCUUUUCUCCUCUAGUCUUUUCUACUGCCCUGCAGUGGAGGGGCAGGCCGCUAUGGCAGCUUUCACUCUCUCUGCUGCUACGUUACAGCUGUAGCUUGUAUAUCCCACCAAAACCGCCACCACUCCAAGAUCCUGUUGAGACUGACAGUACACCAACUCCCAACUCCGCUCCUGUUGAGAGACAGAGAGGGCGACAAAGAGAGACUGCGCACCUACCAAACCCUUAUUGAGGAAGAGAGACUGUGGACCAACCAAAACAGAGAGACUGUGCACCAAACCAGGAGCCCCACGGACGGACACAAAAACUCCUGGUGUCACUUUGUCCACUCUCUCGUCCCCCUGUAGUGUCCCGUCAGCACAAUGCUCAGGUCUCAGGCUGUAACUGCCCCUCUGGUGCGGAACUCUCUCCUCCUAGUGCUCCUGCUGCAGCAAGCCGGGGUCAGGGCUGAGACAGGGGUCGCGACUGAGACCGGGGUGGGGGCUAGCGAGUCUGGGGUCGGGGCCAGUAGAUGUCCCAAGGGCUGCCUGUGUUGCUCCGACAUCCUCAGCUGUGCCGACAACGGUCUGAAGGCGCUGCCCUCCGAGCUGCCCGCGUACACCACAACCCUGGACCUCAAUCACAACCGCCUGAAGGAGCUGAAGAAGGGAAGCUUUGCCGCGCUGCCCCGUCUGGAGUCUCUUCGCCUGGCUCAUAACUGCCUGAAAUUCCUUGAGCCCGGAACCUUCUGGAACAGCAGUGCGCUACGACAACUGGACCUGUCGUCCAAUCAGCUGGAAAAGGUAGAGGCGCACUACUUCCUGGAGCUGACAGGAUUGGAGGAGCUGCUGCUCUUCAACAACCGCAUCGUCCGCGUGGAGAGCAAGGCCCUGGCGGCGCUCGGCAACCUACGCAAGGUCUACAUCAGCCACAACCGCCUCACGGACUUCCCCUUCUCCAUCCAGGAGGACAGCCACCCCUUCCUGGUAACCAUGGACCUGUCCUCCAACAGCAUGUCCACACUCCCCCUGGUGGACAUCGAGACCCUGCCGGCGGCCUUGCAGAGCGGACUCUUCCUCCACAACAACACCCUGAUCUGCGAGUGCGAAAUGUACAACAUGUUCCGGCGCUGGGAGCAGAAGGGGUUCCCCUCGGUCAGUGACUUCCGUGAGGAGCACACCUGCCUGGUGUAUGGGGAACACAAGGCCUCCGUAAAAUUUUUCCACCACAGACGCUUCUUUGAAGUGAACUUGAAGUGUAGUACGCCAGUGGCUGGAGCUCUAUGGGAGCCUGAGGGAAGCCUGCUGGUGUACGAAGGAGCCGCCGUGGUUCUGGACUGUCACACCAUGCUCAAAGGACAGCACCUAACCUACUUGUGGGUUUCACCUCACCAUGGGGCAGGGGCCCCGCCGGAGAACAACGGCACUCUCCGCAUGCACGCCAACGGCAGUCUGGAGAUUGUAUCGGCGCAGGUCGAGGACUCCGGCGUGUACUGGUGCAAGGUUUUCGACGGGACUAAGAGGAACGAGUCAUGGGAGGUGAACGUGACGGUGUUGAUGCGACACGAUGAAACCGAGCCCUUCAACACGGGGUUUACGACCCUCAUAGGGUGUGUGACGACCCUCGUUCUGGUCCUCAUGUACCUUUACCUGACCCCCUGCCACUGCUGUUGCCACAAGCAGCACCCUCUGCCGGGUACCCCCAGCCCGGCCAAUGACCAGUACAGUGCCCAGUCCUCAAUCCUGACUCCCACCCCGCCCGCCACCACAGAGGGACCAGGCCGCAAGGUCAGUAAUAACAAGCAUGUGGUGUUUCUGGAACCCAUCAAAGAAGUGCAGAAUGGCCGGCUAAGGGCGGCUACAGGUGCGCUGUCCCCAGUCUCGGUUUCAGGCCACUCCAUCACCUCAGUCUUCUCAGACUCACCCAUCGUGCCAUAGCACCAGGCAGACAGCCAUCUCCUACUGUACCUUCUUCUUCUCUACCCAACACCUGCCUCCUCUGCCCCACCCCAUCCCACUCGCAGAGAGAGUGAGUUGGGUUACCCAACCAGGCAGGGCAGAGAGUUAGACACUGCCUGUCAAGAGUAGGAUAGAUGGACACAGACAGAUAGAUGGCAUUGCCAACCAGGGGUGAGGCAGAAGACACCAUGAGAGGGAGAUUGAGAGACAGAAAUAGAGAGAGAGGAAGAGAUAGGCAGAGAGAUGGAGAGCAAGACAGCGAAAGAGCAGAGAAAUGAACAUCCAGCACAAACUCCACUGGCCCAGCCAGGUUUGACUACCUUUCUGAGGAGUAAAACUGCAAGGAGCCUGCAUGUUGAGUGAGAAAAAGUGCUAGUGAGCUCGGGCUGCAACAUUCUGUUAGCUUUCUCAAAGAAUUCCCCUGAUUUCCCAGAAAUCCUGGUUACAAGGAAAUGAGCAGGAAUCUGUGAAUUUCUUGAAAACCAGGGAACUUUGAGAAAGUGAACAGAAUUUUGCAACACAACACUGGGUGUCUAUCUAGAACUAUAUCAAAAACAAAGCAGGAUAGAGCUGUCCCUGUUAGCACGGCUUGAACCCUUUAAUAAACCAGAGCUAGUGUAUGGAUGCCUUGUCUAAGAAAAUUUGAACAAAAUCAGCCAUAACUGUACAGCCUGAAACCUUUUUGUAGCAAGUAGCCUAAAGAUAGCAAGUUAGAUGACUAGUAGAAACAUAUUUAUAAAGUAUACCUUUUAGCAGAAUUAAUGUCUUUAGUAGAACAGAGAAACAACCAUGUUAAAGCUAUUUUUUUUAAUAUGAAACUAGCAGAAGAAAAACGUGAUUUGAAACCCCCCACUGUAAGUCCAGGUGGAUUCCUACCGUGCUUAGCUGUCGGAUAACAAACAAACAAACAAACAGGAACACAGUGUGCAGAGCGGCUCAGCAGAAGGAGACAGUUUCUUGGGGCAAGAUAGAUCCAUCCAUUUAUUUCUUAGUUAAGAGACUGGGCCGUGGUUUCACUGUGAGGAUAGAGGGGGCUGUUUCUGCUCUAACACCUUUCUUAUUGACGCUUUUUCACCCAUGUUGGCUGCUCCGCUACUAACACUGACGGAUACAGAAUAUUGAGCGACAAAGUGACAAAAGAGCGAAUGUUACCUGUUCUGGUACGUUAGUUACUGGAUUGACAGGAGGACACUCCAACAUUGACAGCUCGCUGCUUUCCUAAUGGAAUUAUGUUCCUCCUCCCUCCCCACGUACCCCACCCUCCUCCCUCCCCACGUACCCCACCCUCCUCCUCCUCCCUCCCCACGUACCCAACCCUCCUCCUCCCUCCCCACGUACCCAACCCUCAUCCUCCCUCACCAUGUACCCCACCCUCCUCCACCCUC